CCUAUUCUUAACGCCCUCCCCCUUCCCCUCCAUUCGCCCUCUCCAUCUUCCUCCCCUCCCAUCCCCUCUCCUCCUGCAGCCUCCCGCCCGGAGGUCCAGAUAGGGCACACCAGACAUGGCAGAAGUCCUGUCAGGACCUCCCGAGCACCAUCUAAGCUCUGCCUUAGAUACACAUUAUGAAGAGAAGAGGAAAUCCAAUGUGGAAUACUCAGAAGAUGAAAAGAAAGCAAUGAUUGUGUCACUGAAGAAAAAGGCGAUGAACGCCUCACAAAAACUGAGGCAUUCCAUGAAGAAGGGGAGGAGGAGCAGCAAGGUGAUGUCCAUUUCAAUUGAGGACGAGCGCGACCCUGAGGAGGUGCAGGCUGUUGAUGCCUUCCGUCAGCUUCUUGUGCUCGAAGAGCUUCUACCGUCGCAGCACGAUGACUACCAUAUGAUGCUUAGGUUUUUAAAGGCAAGAAAGUUUGAUGUUGAGAAGGCAAAGCAAAUGUGGUCUGAUAUGCUGCAGUGGAGAAAGGAGUUCGGCACAGAUACCCUUCUUGAGGGUUUUGAAUUCGAAGAAGCUGAUAAGGUCGCAGAAUGCUACCCUCAAGGCUACCAUGGAGUGGACAAGGAAGGAAGGCCCGUCUACAUUGAACGGCUCGGACAGAUCGAUGUCACUAAGCUGAUGCAGGUUACCACAAUGGAACGUUUCGUCAAGAACCAUGUCAAGGAGUUUGAGAAGAACUUUGCUGAUAAGUUUCCAGCUUGCUCAGUAGCUGCCAAGCGCCACAUUGAUCAGAGCACUACCAUCCUUGAUGUGCAAGGAGUCGGGAUGAAACAAUUUAGCAAAGCUGCAAGGGAUCUCAUCGGUCAGCUUCAGAAGAUUGAUGGUGAUAACUACCCAGAGACGCUGUGCCGGAUGUUCAUCAUUAAUGCAGGCCAAGGGUUCCGACUUCUCUGGAGCACAAUUAAGAGCUUCCUUGACCCAAAGACCACCGCAAAGAUUCAUGUAUUGGGUAACAAGUACCAGAGUAAGCUUCUCGAGGUGAUCGAUGCCAGUGAGCUGCCAGAGUUUUUUGGUGGAACCUGCCAGUGCCAAGGUGGCUGCAUGAAGGCUGACAAAGGACCAUGGAAGAAUCCUGAAGUCAUGAAGAUGGUUCAUAGUGGUGCCGGGAGGUGUGGAAAGCUCAAUCUGGAAUCUCUUGAUGCCGGGGAGAAAAUGAUUUGUGCAGAUAGCACCGUUUACACGAAGAAGCAAGAUCCUUUGAACGGACAAGAUGAAUGGAGGAACCCCGCACGUGCCCAAAUUGAGCAUCCUCAACUGUCGCCUGUUCAUGAGGAGCUUCUUCCUGCAUUGUUUCCUAACCCAGGAUCACCAUAUUCCUGUGAUGUUCCAAUGGUUGAGAAGGCCAUAGAUGCCAUAUGCAAGAGCCAUGGGUUAACAGAUGAUAAUAUUGCCCUCACUAAAGCUGUGGCAAACGUCUCUAAUGCAUCCAAUCCACCAAUGAUGGGCGGCAUCAUGGCCCUUGUGAUGAGCAUUGCGACGAUGCUCCGUCUGAGCCGUAACAUGCCCAGGAAGGUAAUUGGUGCUGCCAUAGGAGCCCAAGGCACACCGAAAACUCAGGCGCAGCAGCAAUCCAAGUUGUCAGCCGAGGCCGAUUACACUGUCUCCGCAAAGCGCUUUGCUGAUCUUGAGGAGAAGAUCAUUGCGCUCCUUGCAAAGCAAGCAGAAAUGCCGGCGGAUAAGGAGGAGCUGCUGAAGGCGGCAACCAGCCGUGUCGCUGCAUUGGAAGAGGAACUUGCACGGACCAACAAGGCUUUGCAGGAAACUCUUGAGCGGCAACGGGAGAUCAUGGAAUACAUUGAAAAGAAAAAGAAGAAGAAAGCCAAGCGCUUGUUUCACUGGUAGAUGCGAAGAAUGGAAUGUGAUGUGUCCGCAAGAGGCUUUGGCUUGAUGAGAGUGAGCUGGUUUUUUUGUCAGCAAAAAGUGAUUCUAAGUGUAACAUAUAAUGUUCUUUUGUUAUUUUUCCUGUGUUGCUAUAUUUCAUUGGUCGGAGCUUCUCAACCAUGACAUACAUUAUGCCUUGGCAUACAUUGUGACUAUGUGGAUGUGGUGCCAAUCCUUUUCUUGUUGCUGUCAAUGGUGGAUGGAAAUACAUUAUGCAUUGACUUUA